GGCGUCUACUUCGCCAAGGACCGCGUUGUUUCAAUGGACUUCUAUGCCAUGGUCAGCUCACUGUCUUGGAAGAAUAGCACAAACAUCCCUUCAGCUUGCGUAGCUCUCGCUGAGAUCAUCAAUCUCCCGCAAACAUUUACCUCGCAAAAUCCGUUUUACGUGGUAAAGCAAACAGAAUGGAUUAUGCGUCGACACCUACUAGUCAACGUGUUCGAUAGCUCGCAUUCUAAUGAACAGAUCAGCGUCGCCGCCGCCACCCCCGCCGAGUCAAACAUCCGGAACGUUCCUUUAUCAAACGAUCCUCAUCGCCGUCCACCACUCUUGAAUGCCCAAGUCGAGAUGCCACGGCCUUCAUACAAACUUGAGAAACUUCUCAGGCUUUGCCAAGACGCAUACGUCCUGCCUGACCUCGAUGAGGACGACAGCGCUGCGUCUAACGCACCAGAUGAAGAGGAAGCGAAGCUGAAGAGUAGCGCACCGUAUGCCAACGGAAAACCAAAGCGAGAUUGGGUACGCGAUGCGAGCUGGGUGGAGAAGAACAUCGACCUCUUGUUGCCUCCGCCUGCCGAUUCGACCCCAGGAGCAACAACGGCGCUACAAAAAGAGCGCAGGGCAACAAUGAAAGAACAGGGGGGCGCGGACUUACUUGCUACUUUGGGAUGGUACAUGCCUCCAGAGUUCAAUGAGAACUUGUUCCAGUGGGUGGUGGAGGUGCAUUUGUUUGAUCCUGAUCUGCCUAUUGCGGAGGAUUUGAAGUCAAAGUGA